CUGCACUCCUUCUUAUUAAUUUAACCCUUAAUUUAAUUUAAAAGAUUUAUUUGAAGAUUAUGUUAUGGAACUAAAUGUUUUACCCCUGUGAUUAAACCCUCGAUUUUUUCAAACUCCCAAUUGGAUAGUCAGUGGCUAUUGGGUUGCACUUCAAAUGUUUGUUUUCCUGACGUAUGUUUGGUCAUUAGACCUGACACAUUGUCAACAGGCAACAACUGCCAACUGAGAGCCGUCAACUGUUUAUGUUUGCCAUUUAGCAGGCAAAACAUUUUGAUUACGCAUACGCCAUGUGGAUCGAAGCGACGUUUGUUGCUUUGACAGGCGCCUCGAAUUCCAUUGCGUCCAUUGCGCCCAUAAAUAAAAGUCAGCUGCUGGUCAUCAGUCGAUUGGAGAUGCAUUCGCUGUUUGUUUGUGUUUCAGCGCUUUGCUUUUCUCGUCAGUUUUCCGAUGCGGGACCUUCCCUUUGCCAGGAUUGUCGCGUGAAUGUGAUAUAUCCUGGAGCGAAAAAAACCCACCAGCAGUUGCCCGAAAAUCAGCGGAUAGUGCGUAUCAUCAAUGCAUACAGGCUAGUCAGGAAUACGGAAAUAAGACAGCCUAACCAGGAUUUAAGCUUUAUAGCCAAGGUAAAGGUGGGAGCUACCAUACGAUGCAGUGCAGCCUUGGUGGCUUCAAGAUUGCUUAUCAGCUCUAGUAUUUGCCUGGGAAAUGGAACUCCUCAGAGUCUUCAAAUACUCUUUGCAGGCGGUAAAACUUUCGCUGUGGAUUCGGUAUUAAAUCCCGAGUUUUGUCCGGAACUUAGUCUGAUCCAUUUGAUGAACCCUUCUGCAAUUAAUCCAAUUAAAUUGUGCCUUCAAAACCUUUCGUUGGGCACUAAUGCCUCCAUGAUGAUGGCCAGUCCUGAUCUCAGCUUUUACGGUCGUCGGCACACUCAAAUCAUCUCGAAUCGUGCCUGCAAAACCACGUUUUUGGACGAGGAUUCCGUUUUUAUAACACCCAAUAUGCUGUGUGCCAAGAACUCUAUGAAACCAGAGAAAUGUGCCACCUCUCCUGGAGAUUCCCUGCUGAUAGACCACCAAUUGUGUGGUGUAAAUAUCUAUGGUUUUCGCUGUCUUGCAAAUGCCGUCAAUGGGGAUCUCUAUAUAAACCUAAGUGAGCUACAGCCCGUGCUAAGCGAUUUGAUACGGAAACUUAACGGUUGAGACAGAGAAAAAUUUCAAAUCAAUUAGAUACCCAUAAAGUUACUUAAUACUUAUAACUAUAAAUAGCUCAGAUGGCAGUUAUUAUGCAGCUAAAGUGCUUGGUUAUUGUUUUAGCAAUUUCCCAAGGAAUCUGUACAGACUUAGACCUUUCGCAGUCGGUGCCACAGGUUAACCUG